AUGGGCCGCCGGCUCAUCCGUGGUCUCUCUGGAGCAGCAGUCUUCCUGGUCAGCGUGGCCCUCCUCUCCGUACGGCACCGUGGGGCUCAGGAAACAUCUGGGGAAACAUCCCCAGGGCUCAGAGAGGGGAUGCCAGAGAACCCAGAGCGAUGGACGCAUGCAAGUUCAGAAGAUGCAGUGAGAAGUGGUGGCAGGGGGCAGAAGAACCUGCAAAUCCAGCCUCCGGAGGAAUACAGGACCGAAGGAAACCUGACGCUUGGAGACAUCUUUAUAGCUGUGAAGACCACCAAGAGAUUUCACCAGAGCAGGAUGGAGCUGCUCCUGGACACGUGGAUAUCCCGGGCAAGAGAGCAGACGUAUGUCUUCACUGAUGAAGAGGAUGAUGCCCUGAAGAGAAGAAUGGGUGGCCAUGUGGUGUUCACCAACUGCUCCACCGAGCACAGCCACCUGGCCCUCUCCUGCAAGAUGGCUGCCGAGUUCGACACGUUCCUGGCCAGCGGCCAGAGCUGGUUCUGCCAUUUGGAUGACGACAACUAUCUGAACCCUCAGGCCCUCCUGCAGCUGCUGUCCUCCUACUCCGCAGCGCGGGAUGUCUACCUGGGGAAACCCAGCCUGAACCGACCCAUCCGGGCCUCCGAAACGCUGCCCAACAACCGGACGAAAUCUGUGCGCUUCUGGUUUGCCACAGGAGGGGCUGGGUUCUGCAUCAGCCACAAGCUGGCAAGGAAGAUGGUGCCUUGGGCCAGUGGCAGGAACUUCCUGAGCACUUCAGAGCUCAUCCGCCUGCCGGAUGACUGCACCAUGGGGUACAUCAUCGAGUGCAAAGUUGGUGGGCAGCUGCUGCCCAACGCGCUCUUCCACUCCCACCUGGAGAACCUGCAGCUCAUCCCCACCUCCCAUCUCACGCAGCAGGUCACACUCAGCUACGGUGUCUUUGAGAACAAGCUCAAUGUUAUCGAACUCGGUGGUCCCUUCUCACCGCAGGAAGAUCCCUCAAGGUUUCGAUCGCUCCACUGCCAUCUCUACCCCGACACCUCCUGGUGCCUGCAGGCUGUUGGCUGGUGA